AUGCUAGCAACGGUGAUGAACGGCAUAUUCCUGCAGGUGUCGUUGGAGAGCGAGGAGAUACCCACCCAUGUGCGCUCUCCCCACCCAUUUUCCCCCCCUUCCCAUUUCCCCCAUCAUCCCCGCCCAUUCCACCCCAGCAUGCUAGCAACGGUGAUGAAUGGCAUAUUCCUGCAGGCGUCGUUGGAGAGCGAGGGCGUGGCCACGCGCGUGCAGACGGCCUUCCGCAUGAGUGAGGUGGCGGAGCCCUACAUCCGCCGCCGUGCCGUGCGCCACCUUGAGAAGGGCCGCGUGGUUAUAUUUGCUGCUGGGACUGGCAACCCUUUCUUUACGACCGACACUGCUGCUGCGCUCCGAGCGGCUGAGAGUGAGCUCUUUUCGUGUCUGCACCGUAUGAGCGAGUUGGCGGAGCCCUACAUCCGCCGCCGCGCCGUGCGCCACCUGGAGAAGGGGCGCAUUGUCAUCUUUACCGCUGACACCGGCAACCCUUUCUUUACGACCGACACUGCUGCUGCACUCAGGGCCGCUGAGAUCGACGCGGAGGUGGUGCUCAAGGCCACCAACGUGGACGGAGUGUAUGACUCGGACCCGAGGUCGUUUUUGAGGCGCCUCAAAAACGACACCAACGUGGACGGAGUGUAUGACUCGGACCCGCGCAGCGCAGAAACCACCCGUCCCCACGAACGUGGACGGAUCGAUGCAGAGGUGGUGCUGAAGGCCACCAAUGUGGACGGCGUCUACGACUCCGACCCGCGCAGCAAUGAGCACGCGCGCCUGCUGCCACUGCUCUCCCACCGCGACGUCACACUGCAGCAGCUGCGCGUCAUGGACACCACUGCCAUCACGCUGUGCCAUGAGAAUGGCCUGCCAGUGGUAGUGUUCAACCUCACUGUACCGGGCAACAUUGUGCGUGCACUCAGUGGCGAGCCCGUGGGAACUCUCAUUCUACCUUGA